ACCUCUUAUUCCGUAAGUGUUACAGCUCAUAGACUGGGUGAGGCUGAGACCCUGAGUUAGAACAAGGGAAAGGAGGGAAUGGCUGAAGGUGGCUGACCAGCUGAGUGACCUUGGGCAAGUGUCUUUUCUCUCUGGGGCAUAAGGAAUUGGGCUGGAUGAUCUCCGAGGUACAGCCCAGCUCUUGGGGUGUAGGUGAAGGCACAGAAGGAAGGCUGGGGUAAUGCUGGUGGCUCCAGGAAGAGGCAGACAGCCACCCUAGGCCCACUUCUGCCUCCAACCACCUAAAUUCUUCCAGCAGGAGGAAUGGCACAAGCUGUGGCCUGGCUCCUCUUCCUCCAGCUUGUUCUAGAACAAACUCAGGUUGUGGACAGCAAGUUGCAGAUUGCUAUCAAGAACUUCCGCACCUUACACAUCGACUAUCCCAUGGUUAACUAUCCAGAGGGUUUCCAGGGCUACUGUAAUGGUCUGAUGGCUUAUGUGCGGGAUGUAAAGCAAAGCUGGUAUUGUCCAAAGACCCAUUAUGUGGUACAUGCCCCCUGGAAAGCUGUCCGGGAGUUCUGCAAGUACAGUGAAAGCUUCUGUGAGAAUUACAACGAAUACUGUACACUCACCCAUGACUCCUAUCCCCUCACGAUCUGUUCUCUGGGUUCCAUACAACCUCCCACCAGCUGCCGCUACAAUGGCACCCUAACCAACCAAAGGCUCUACCUGCUCUGUUCCCGAAAGUAUGAUGCUGAACCCAUAGGUAUCAUUGGCCUCUACUAAGGAAGGGAGGCAUUCAUUCUUUACCACCUCCUACUGCCACCACAGACCAGCCUGUCCCCAUUCCCUAAACUCUGACCCCUGGUACAACCCUUCCUCCCUGACUUCGAGAGCAGGUAGGGUCCUCCCAAGAGACUAGGGAGGUAGGAAUAAUGUCCAGAGCUUUGGUCACCAUGCAAAGUCUUACUGUCAUCUGGUCCCAACUUGUUUACCUCCCCCUCCUCUAUCAUCCUCCCUCUCCCACAGACAGUUUUACCUACCCA